AUGUCGACCCCACGACAGCAACCAGGCUUGGCGUGCGAGGAAUGUCGCAAAAAGAAGCUUCGAUGCGAUAGAAGACGUCCUCAAUGUAAUCAGUGUGAGGAUUCAGGUACAGCCUGUUAUGUCAAUGAAAUUCGGUCCCCACGCGGUCCCAAGAAAGGUCAUCUCAAGGCUUUGCGCAAUCGUAUUGCCACCCUUGAGAGUAUUAUUAACUGCGAUCAAUUGAACCCAAAGGGAAUACCGGGACAAGGCGAUGGAUGUCUUCAAAUAGAAGAGAUAUCCCAAGUCCUAAGUCCACCACAAGAAUAUCUUCUCACCAGCACGAUGUCCGAAGUUUCCACCAUCUCAAACUCCUUUGAUGAUUCUCCCAUUCUACCCACCACUCCACCUGACCAAGAGAAAGAGAUCUCGGAUAUGAUCGAGGCAGAUCUUGACCAACUGUACUUCGACAGAGUUCAUCCCAUCGCGCCGAUGCUCCACCAGGCUCGCUACUUCUUCUGGUCCCACAGAUGCAACAAAGCAGAAUCCCACAUAUGUUUGCAAUUAGCAAUGUGGGCAAUGGCUGCAGCGGCCUCAGCUCACCUGCAGCAUAUGCGUGAAUCUCUUUACAGACGCGCGCGGGCUAAACUUGAAGCCCUUGACAACGAUAUUGAAGCCGCGAGUGCAGCCUCCCUUCAGGCCGCCCAGGCUUGGCUUCUUGUUACUCACUACGAGUUUCGAUACAUGGGAUACCGCCGGGCAUGGCUUACUGCAGGUCGCGCAUUUCGGAUUAUUCAGUUGGCCAAACUCCAUGAGAUCGACCGCCUCAAUGAUGUCGGAAUUACUAUUGCUCUCCCUGAGAUCUGGGCAGAGGCAGAAGAGAAGAGACGUACCUAUUGGCUGGCUUACUGUUUGGAUAGGUUUCUCAAUAUCACAGACGAGUGGCCGCUAAGUCUGCAUGAGGAAGCAUUGUGCACGUAUCUUCCAGCCUCUGAAGCGGAGUUCCAGCAUGGAAGACCUGCUGUGACCACGUUCCUGUAUGACGCGAUUGAAGACUCGGGCAACAAAAUGCUGCCAACAUUCGCAGAAACAAUCGUCUUGACGACGCUGUGCUGGCACAGUGUCACCUUCCACCGCAUAACACCCGAUACCGAGACAUCUCCGAAUCUGUCUUCCAUUUUCUGGAAGCGCCACGCCCGCCUGUACCAGAUGGUUCAACAGCGGCUGAUGUUACUUUCACUGCCGGCUUCAUCGCCCGAACUCCAUGAUCCAAUGCGACUCUUCACAAACAUGCUGGCUAACUCGGCGGUUCUCUGGUUUCACAAUAUCAUCGAGGCUCUCCAUGCAGACCUCGAUGAUCAGAUGUUGCUGGUGCCACUCUAUUCCGCGUAUGAGGUCGUUUUUCUCGCGAAACCCCUUGUGCGAUCUAGUUUCUUUAAGGCGCAUCCAUUUUCUCCAAUGUUGUUGUAUCUGUCUGCAAAGUUUCUCAAGUCUCAUCCCGAUAGUGCCUCAGGUUCGGAGGAUAAGCAACGACGAUUAGAGGAACUCAAAAAAGCUCUGCGAGUUUUACAAGGUGGAAAUAAUUUGGCCAUGAAUUAUCUUGAUCUCCUUGAGUCUGAACAUUCUGACAAACUGUGCAGUCUGUCACCGCUUGGGGGAUCUGUCAUUCCAGAUGUGCAGCAGUCGGAACCACCAUUCUUUUUCGAUAUGAUGAAUCUUUUUUGA